AUUAUUUAUUUCAUUUUGAUAAAUUUUUUCUUUUAGUUACUUGAUGAAAAAAAAUUACAAGAAAUCGAAAAUUUAUACAUUGAUUUUGAAUCACCGGAAAAAGCUGCUAAAGUGUAUGAAUACCUGUUUUAACAAUAUAUGAAUUUUUUUUUGUUUUGUUUAAUCUUCAAAUUUCUUUUAGAUUAAAAUUAAAACAAUUUGAAAAAUUCGAUGAUACAACACAAGCACUUGAAGCAGCAACGGCAACAGUUGAAGGAAAAAUCUCUAAACCAUUAAAAAAAUUACUUAAGCGUCUUGUUGAUCCUGAUGUACAAGAACAAUUACUUGUUGCUGAUUCUGCACUUGGCAAAGCUAUUAAAGAAAAAUUUAGUUUUGAUUGUUUAUGUAAUAGUUCAGUACAAGACCUUAUGCGUGUUAUUCGUUCACAAGCAGAUAGUCUUUUACAAAUUAAUGAAAAAGAAUUAGCUGCUAUGCGUAUUGGUUUAGCACAUAGGUAUGAAAUCAUUUUCAAAGAUUAUUGUUUACAUUUACAAUUUAUUGACAUGAUAGAUUUUAUUUGUCAAUUUUACACUAUCUAUAUCACUAAAAUUAAAGUUUUAACUAUGAGCAUUGAUCACUGAUAAUAAUAAGUAAAUAAAAAAAAAUAUCAAAUCAACUGUAAGAUUUGAUUGUUUGCACUCAGAUUCUUUAUUUAUUUAUUUUUUUUCUUUUAGCCGCCGAUCAAUACAUCUCUUAUCAUAGGCAAAUAAUA